GAUUGAUACAAUGACUGUCGUAUAUAGAGGACACAGACGACACCGAGCAACAGACGAAGGUUUAUCUUCCAUAUAUAUUCGGUUUACUCUUUUGCAGUUAAAAAUUUCGAAACAAGUUUUUUCAAGAGCUCAUCUGCACACAAUUUCCGAUUAGGCCGAUGUGUCGACCCGAGUCAUCAGAUCUAUUUUCAUUUUGCCUUAGCUUCUAAAUUAGAUGAAAAUGUUCACUGAUGCGUUGACAGCAUUGCUAGUGGUAUCGUUCGGUACGAGUACAUGGGUAUCUCUUGGUGGCCUCUGGGUAGAACUGCCACUUCUCAUAAGCUUAGGCAUCCCCGAAGGAUACAAGAUCGGUUCCUACUUCGUCAUGGCAACACAAGCUGCUGUUAUUGGGCCGCUGAUAUUCGUCGUAUGCCAGUACUUUGCUCCGAGGGAUCGACAUCUUGAGAUUCCAGCUAUAUAUAUGACUCUAGCCUUCGGAGUUAUCGCGAGUUUUUGCUUGAUUUUCUUCUGGGACUUCCACACUAUGUGGUCUCUUGAUGACUCAGAGCAUAGCACGGCCCUGCUCAUCCUGGUCUUCUUCAUGGCUCUUGUCGAUAGUACAUCCAACCUGACAUUCAUGCCUUUCGUCUCUAGACUCAAGCCGCAAUAUCUCAACUGGUACUUCAUAGGGGAAGGACUUAGCUCUGUCAUUCCAAGUAUGGUGGUCCUUCUCCAAGGUUCUAAUGGUGAUGACGAAUGUAUUGCAAAUCAUACAUUCUUCAGUACCAGGGAAGAUCCCAUCAGAAAUAUCACAUUAAAUACAAACUGCACCACCUAUGUUGUGCAGAAGACAGGACACGCCCUUUUCCCUCCACAUUUGUAUUACACAUUUAUAUUUAUAUCAUUUAGUCUGAGUACGGUAUCCUUCUGCCUACUGAGAUGCAAUCCUCUGCUGAAAGACCAAUAUGACGAAGACUUAAAUUCUGAAAAGUACGGAGUGAUUGAAGAUAAACCAUUUGGAUGCCUUGAUUGUUUAGAGGGUCGUCGAGGUCGCAAAGGCAACCCCGAAAAAAUAGCUCUAUUACACUUAAAAAACCGUAAAGAUGAAGAGAGUCAAGUAGAGAAACUGAAACCUUCUAAAGCGUUGUCCUCCUCUGAUGAGAUCGGCAGUGAGGACUCUGGUAUCAUCAUCAGCGAAGAAGAGGAAAUAAGCCAAGUUAAAGAUGAUGAUGAUGAUGAUGACCAUGAUGAAGGAAAUAUUUCGACGAAUGUCGAAGAUGGUCAAAGGGAAGGGGACGGGAAUUACACCCUGAAGUCUAUCGAAAACAGAGAGGAGAAUAAUAACAAUGGUACAGAGACAUCGAAGAGUUUCUGCUCGAAGAAGCACAUAUUGCUCUUCAUCACUUUGACGGUGAUUAGUUCUCUGAUAUACGGAGCCUUGCCAUCGAUACAGAGUUACUCUUCUGGGGGAUACGGAUCACAAACUUACAUAUUGGUCACAUGUUUUGCUGAAAUCAGCGUACCUUUUGGGUUCUUAUUCGUGAUGCUUCGACCGAGCACGAGUAAUCUGGUGGUCGUGUUGACAGCUUUUGUUGGAAUCAUCUCUGGUACGUACUGCAUGGUGGUAGCCACACUCAGCCCAACUCUUCCGCUCCAGGCACAGACGAUGGGAAAAGUUUUGAUAAUUUCAGCUUGGAUCUUUCAAGGGUUCUUUUUCUCAUAUUGCCGGGCCACUAUCGGGUGGAUCCUUCGUAACGACGGCGGAUCUCGUGUUUCUAUGAUGUACUUCGGAGGUUUUACAACCAUAGGUACAAUGAUCGGGGCCAUCAUCAUGUUCCCUCUCAUCAACAUACUCAAUAUCUUUGAAGCAUUUGAUCCCGCGCUAGGAUGUGCCGAUAAGGUGACAUGCGUCACCCUUGAAUAUUGAAACCAUCGGCUUUUCGUCCGAUGGAGCAACUUCCCGUAGAUAUCAUGGAUGUAGCAAAUAAAUCAUCCUAAUAAGCAUAUAUUUGCAUUAAAUAUAAUAUGCAAAUAAAGGAUAUUAAAGGAGGAUGAGAAUAUUUGCGAAUGUUUUUUCAAAUUUCUUGCUUCAAAUUAUAUCUGCUGCUCUUGGAGAAGAAAUCGUCUAAAUUAGCACAAUUAUAUUUUCAUCAAUAUAAUAUGCAAAUAAAGGAUAUUAUAGGAGGAUGAGAAUAUUUGCGAGUGUUUUUUUCAAAUUUCUUGCUUCAAAUUAUAUCUGCUGCUCUUGGAGAAGAAAUCAUACAAAUUAGCACAACUAUAUUUUCAUCAAUAUAAUAUGCAAAUAAAUGAUAUUAUAGGAGGAUGAGAAUAUUAGCGAGUGUUUUUUUUUCUUCAAAUUUCUUGCUUCAAAUUAUAUCUGCUGCUCUUGGAGAAGAAAUCAUCAAAAAUGGCAUAUAUUUGCAUUUAAUAUUCGAAUAUAUGGACAUUAUAGGGGGAUUAUUUUGUAUUUUGUAGCUUUUUUCUUACUUCAAAUGAUAUCUGCUGCACUUAGAUAAUUGUAAAUUAAAUCUAUUUACACCACUUCAUGCAGAAAAAUCAAUACAAAACUCCAAACCUGAUUUUAUGAGGCUUGAUUUAUUUUGAUAUAAUGGAUAUUGAACCUCCACCCCCUUCUCCAUGAAAGAGCCCCCCUUCCUAAUCAGCAAGAUUGUAGAGUAGUCCACUAUAGACAUGAUAGAGAUGGGGUUUUUUCUCAUUGACCAGAGAUUGAAUGUUUUAUUUAAAUUCUUGAAUAAAAAUUUUAUAUCAAAAAAUAUAGUUUGGCUUCCAAGGCAUAACAUGUCGGGGGUGAAGCAACCAACUUCGUUUAUUUCAAUGCGUGGAAUUUGUGAAAAUUUAAAUGUGGCAAGAUCAAAGCCCAUCCACUCCUCUCCCUGUGUUACAGCCACGGCAAAAUACAUGUCGACUAUAUUUCCUUCCUGUGUAUUCUGGAGUGAGAAGCAAGUUAUUCCAUGCAGGCAAAGAGUAAAUAAACAUCAAUCAAAUAUUUGGUUUAUAGAUCAAUCAAAAAGGGAACAUAUGGCUUAAGUCUGUGAUAACUUCCGAGUUGCAGCCCCAUCGAUAUAAUGUUUCCAAUCACAGGCGGCGGAAACGGGGGACGGAUACCCUUCCUGUUCAUGAUUAAUGUUUGGGGGUGGGAGAGGCCAGGGCGCCAUUUUUCAAAUAGUACACAGGGGCACCAAAAUCAGUUCGGGCCCCAGAAGGUACAAAACAUGGAUACGUGCCUGCCUUAUUAGAGAUCUUAUCUUGUUUAUAAGGAAAAAAAAGAACUUAGAUAAACAUAAGAUAUUAGUGUGGACUACACCCAAAACAAAAAUUCAAAAAAUAUCAGCUUUUAGCAGGGAAAAAAAAGGGAAAAAAGGUGGGUGUAAAUAUUUUCCCUCCCCCUAAAUUUUGAUGCUUCCGCCACCAAUGUUUCCGAUGAACUGCAUAGGAUGGCAUUUCACCUGUGACAUCCAAAGAUGCAUGUAAUUCUGGUAAUAAUGUUAAUACCAGAUGAAAAUAACCCUGUUGUUGAUGUUUUUCGUCAAAAUGUCUUGAAAUCCUCUCAUAUCUGUUUCUCUGAUUAGUCAUGGUUUCACACUGAGAGAACUCCCCAAUAUAAUAUUAUAAUUUCCUUGCCUUCGAAAGUCUAUUUAAGGUUUAAAACCUCGAAGUGGACCAAAUCUAAUUCACAGUUUGAGUAGGCCUAGUCCUCCCAGGACCAAACACAAUACCACAAAAAAUGCAUGCUCACAAUAAAACCAAGCUCUAUCAUGCCUAUACCAUGUAUACUGAUUCAUCAGUUCAUUCUUUGCCUUGUAUACCCUGCUUAAAUCGAUAGAAUAUUGUUAUUUUUUAAAGGAAUUAAAAAUAAAACAAAAUAUGUAUUUUUCCUGUGGUAAUGAUGAAUAUUGGAUUGUGGAAUCAAUUAUUUAUAAAUAUCGUAUUAUGUCUCCAAAUUUACUAAUCUAUAAUGAUAUAAAGUAUUCAUGUACUAAGAAAAAAAUAUAUAUCUAAAUUAUAUGCCUAUAUCCAUUGCUUCCAUGGUAAAUAAAGGUGGUUUUAAAUUAUAUUUUCUAUACUCAUUGUAUAUUUUUAAAAGAAAGCAUUCUCUGUGAAGUUCCAUAAUCAUUUAGAUAUUCAUUUCAAUACAUUUCGAAGCAUUUUCAUUUCAGAUAUGCUUAUUAUUUAUACGUUCAAAUUUAAAAAAAAAAGAAAGAAGAAGGAAAAGAAAACAAAUGAAUAGUAGAAGUUAAACCAGCCAGGAAACGUGAUUUCUUAAAUCUUUUUUUUCUGGAAAAAAAAUUACGAUAUACUUUCGCUGAGUGAUAGAGCACCCUCCCCAUGAAAGGGGUCGUUCAUUACGCUGUGCUGGACCACUGGUAUAUAGAAUUGUUUUAACUGGAUUUAAGUGUUUGUUACUUUGGUAACUUAAAGUAUUAUUUGUGAAUUUAAUAGAAUGGAUCAAGUAAAAGAGUAUAUAUUUUCAAGUUUAAAAAGGUUUGCGCAUGAGGUCCAUAUUAUUGAAUUAAUAACAUAAAUAAAUGACAAAUUCAAUGUCGUCCCUGAUAUUUAAAACAAUAUUUCAAAAUUUGACCUUCGCUGGCAAAUAAUCAAAAUGACCCGGCGGAUGUAUACACAAUGUUGUUUUCAUGAUACUGGGCCUCAAACGAAAAUUGUAAGUUGUCGGUUACAUGAAAUCAUUAUAAAAAAAUAAUAAUGCUGUCAAGCAUGUUGUUAUAAUUACAAGUCCACUCGGAAUCAUGUUGUUUUAUUAUGAAUAGAAGUUAUAGGUCUAUUAUCAAACCAUAGCAAAUUUUCCUCGACAAUCAAAUUGCGACUGUAAUCAUUUUCAUAUUGGCUUGUUUUUGUUCAUCCUUACGAUAUUUUAUUCAUGUUUUAUUCAUGUUCUGUAGCUUUGUGUUAUUAUUAAUCGCAUUAAAUCAAUUUUGGAACUG